CCGCAAUUCAUUUUCAUUGUUCAUCAUCAAAGAGAAAGGAAUAACAAUGUGGUUGUCAGUUGUGUUUACCAUUUCUAUUAUAUUUUGUUUUGGAACUUGUCAAUUUCCACCGUUUAAUGAAACGUGUAUUUUCAAUGCAUAUCCUCCAAAUAAGACUCAUGCAGUUCCAUGGUAUACCAUAAACUUAGACUUACCAGCAAAGCAAAGAUGGACUCAAGUUGGUCAAGAUAAAAAAGUAGAGAUUAAGAAGCUAGUGGACACUUUUGUUGACUUUGCAAAAGCAUGGAGUGAGAAUGCAACUGGAAAAGUCAUAAACUUCCUGAUCAAUGAAGGGGGUAAAUUAGAUGAGACACUUCCACAACCUUAUGCUGAUGAAAUGAGAAGUUUGGCUGAUGCAACAGGGAUACCCUUAGGAGAAAUUGUGCUGUAUAACAUAUUUUAUGAAUUGUUUUCUGUGUGUACAUCCAUUGUGGCAGAGGACCCAUCUGGUAAACUAUUCCAUGCGAGAAAUCUUGACUUUGGGCUGUUCUUAGGUUGGGAUACCAAAACAAAAACUUGGGAGAUAACAGAUGCCCUGCGUCCUACAAUCAUCAAUUUGGACUUCCAGAGAGGAGGGAAAACUGUGUUCAAGUCUGUUAACUUUGCAGGAUACAUUGGAAUCUUAACAGCUAUUAAGCCAGGAAUUUUCACAUUAACUAUGAAUGAGAGAUUCAGUUUAGAUGGUGGAUAUAUUGGAAUCAUUGAAUGGAUUCUUGGACUCAGGACAGGGAAAUGGAUGGGUUUUUUGACCAGGGAGACAAUGCUGAAUGCUGGUUCUUAUCAGGAGGCUGUAGGCAUGCUGUCCAAAACAGAAAUGCUGGCUCCAGCAUACUUCAUUGUGGGAGGCAAUAAGUCAGGGGAGGGCUGUGUGAUCACAAGAUCUCGUGAGGCAGCCAUUGAUGUAUGGGAGAUGAGGAAAGCCAACAGUUGGUACAUUCUGGAGACUAAUUAUGACCACUGGGAAAACCCCCUCUUCUUAGAUGACCGCCGGACUCCGGCCCACAGGUGUAUGCAGAAAACUACCUCACAGAAUGUGUCAAUUAAAGGAUUGUUCAAUGUUUUGUCUUCAAAACCUGUUUUGAAUAAGUUGACUACCUACUCUGCCCUGAUGCAGGUCAAUUCUGGCCAUUUGGAGAGCUGGCUUCAGUACUGUCCAGACCCUUGUCAGCCAUUUUAGUCACAGGCUUCAAGCAGUCGACAAAACAUUCCAUAGCUAUAUGACUGUGAUAAUAAUAAUACUCAAAAUGCAAUACUUAUAUGUUAAUUUGUGCUCUUCAAAUCAUAAGCUCAAUUUGUUUGAAAUCUUCAUAGUUUUUAUUUUGCAAUGUUGCUAAGGUUUUAUAAUAAGUUAAACAAGACAUCUUAUUGUGUACAUUUUUUUGUAAAUGCUACAAUGUUUUGUGAUAUAGAUAUAGUUACAGCCAUUGUUAAUUUUUAGUUGCUGCAGAAUUAAACAGUUUAAUGAAAUGAAAAACACAAUUCGGGAAAUUUUUCUAAGAUCUAAGCUCUGAUGUAGCCAGUUGAAUGUUUGAGAAUGCAGAAAUUAAUGUAAACUGUUACUCUGAUCAAAUCACAAAAAUAUGAAACCAUAAAUAUCACUUUAGUAUGCAUGUACUUGAAAAUUACAUUGAUGCUUUAUGUUAUAUGUUGC